UGGUGUCCUGCCGCCUGGGGCCGCGCUGCAGCCUGGGAACGCGCGGGGCAGCGCGGGCGGCGGCGCGCGAGGAGCCGCGGCGCGGCGCAGAUUACAAUGAGUGCACCAAGUAAAGCAAUAGAACUGCAGCUGCAAGUGAAGCAAAAUGCUGAAGAGCUGCAGGAUUUUGUGAGAGAAUUGGAGAGCUGGGAAAAAGAUAUUAAAGAAGUGGAUUCUGAACUCAGGAAACAGAGUGGGGUCCCAGAAGAGAAUUUGCCACCAAUUCGAAACAAGGGUUUUAAGAAAAAGAAGAAAAGCAAAAAUAAAGUCCCUUCAAAGAUAACCUCAGAGGAAAACAAGAAAAACAAGAUCAAGUCUUACGAUUAUGAAGCAUGGGGAAAACUUGAUGUGGAUAAAAUACUUGAAGAAAUUGAUAAAGAAGAUAAUACUCAUGAUUCUCUAUCUCCAGAAUCAGACUCUGAAGAAGAUGGAAUUCAUGUAGAUGCUGAAAAGGCUCUUGCAGAGAAGGAAAAGGGUAAUAAAUACUUUAAACAAGGAAACUUUGAUGAAGCUAUAAAAUGCUAUACUAGAGGGAUGCAUUCUGAUCCAUACAAUCCAAUAUUGCCCACAAACAGAGCAUCAGCUUUUUAUAGAAUGAAAAAGUUUUCUGUUGCAGAAUCUGACUGCAAUUUAGCACUUGCUUUAGAUAAAAAUUACAUAAAGGCUUAUGCGAGAAGAGGGGCUGCUCGCUUUGCUUUGAAAAAUCUUCAAGGUGCUAAAGAAGAUUAUGAAAAAGUUUUGGAGUUGGAUGCAAACAACUUUGAAGCAAAAAAUGAACUGAAGAAAAUUGAUCAGGCUCUGUCAUUAAAAGAAAAUUCAGAACAGAAAGAGUUUGAAGAUGCAGUCAGAACAGGAUUAACAGAUGAAGAGAAAAAGCGCAUUGAAGACCAGCAGCUCAAGCAGAAGGCAAUUGCAGAAAAAGAUCUGGGUAACGGUUAUUUCAAAGAAGGAAAGUAUGAGGCUGCAAUAGAAUGUUACACCCGUGGUAUCACAGCAGAUGGCACCAAUGCACUACUGCCAGCUAACAGAGCCAUGGCCUACCUAAAGAUUGAGAAGUACAAAGAGGCAGAAGAUGACUGCACACAAGCUCUGCUCUUAGAUGCUUCCUAUUCUAAAGCCUUUGCCAGAAGAGGAGCUGCCAGAGUUGCUCUUGGGAAGUUAAAGGAAGCUAUUCAAGAUUUUGAAGCUGUUCUGAAGCUGGAACCUGGAAAUAAACAAGCAAUAAAUGAACUCACGAAAAUAAGGAAUGAAUUAGCUGAGAAAGAGCAGCAGACUCACAAGGAAUAUCCUGCAGUAUUGAUAAAAGAAGCAGAAAUCAAAAAUAUUGUGAAAAUGAUUGAUAACCCAUUACAGAUUAAAUCAACAAAGCCAUUGAAAAGAAUAGAUAUUGAAGAAGUUGAUGAUGAUACAUCAGAUGGUGACUUGCCCAGUACUACUUUAGUCAGUAACUGGAGGAAUUCAGUGAGUGUAAACGCAACAGAAGCUCUAGAUCAGGAUGAUCGGUUGACUACAGUUGAUACUCCAAAAGCAAAGCACUUGAAAAUAGAAGAAAUCAGUGAUACGUCACUAUUACAGCUACCUGUAAAUGUCAAAGGAAUUUCAUCAACAUUGCAUCCAUCUUUUCCUGCAAGCAAACAGAGAGAAAAAGAAAUCAGAAGGUCAUUUAUGUCUGCUUCUUCAGUUCCUCCCAUUCCUACAAAUUCUUUCCAGCUUGAAUCUGACUUCAGAAAGUUGAAAGACUGCCCUGAAAACAUGUACUUAUAUCUGAAGCAAAUAGAGCCCUCACUUUAUGCAAAGCUGUUUCAGAAGUCCUUAGAUCCAGACUUGUUUAACCAGAUCCUGAAAAUCUUACAUGACUUCUACAUUGAGAAAGAGGAGCCAUCACUCAUCCUUGAAAUCCUUCAGAGGCUCUCUGAAUUAAAAAGAUUUGAUAUGGCAGUAAUGUUUAUGUCAGGUUCAGAGAAAAAAAUUACACAGGUAUUAUUCAAUCAUGUGAACCACAUGGGAUUAAAAGAUGCUUCUGUUGAAGAAUUGGAGAAGAAAUAUGAGUACUUUUAAAACAAUCUGGUGAAACUUAAUCCUUGUGGGUCAGUUAUUCCUGACUGGAAUGAGAUGACUCAGGAGGCUAAGCAAAAUACCUCAACAGUAGAAGAAGGUAAAAGCAUGAAAUUAACUGAAAUUCUUAGAUAAGAUUGAACAUGAGGCAUGAUAAAUUACUUGUAUUGCUCACAUGACCAGGAGGAAAUAACAGCACUUGUCAAGUAUACUCUUAACUGUAGUAUCCAAGUGGUUGUGUAAGCUUAUCUGCUGUCUCUUCCAUCCUGUACAUGCCAAUAUCCUGCCAGUUUGCUUUCAUCCUGAUUCAGCCCUUGUGCUGUGCUGAUGCUUUUCUGGAAGUUUUGGUUUGGUAGUUGUGCUUUUUUCAGAGAAAUUAUAUUGUAGAACUGCAGCAUUCAAAAAGACUUAAAACUCCCAACAUGGAUAAGUGGGAAAAGGUGUAAAUGUUGUGUUUUACACAGUCAAUAUUAGAAAACUAAUUUUAAAACAUUUGUAGCUACAUUAUGUCCCAGUUCAGAUAUAAUCCAGUUUAAAAAAAGAAAUAAAUAAACAAACUGAGCUGCAUCCUCAUGCCUGGUAGCAAUUGACAGGAAUGACAUUCGCACUGGAGCCCUAAGGUAGCUUCAUGGGCACCAGAGCAGGCAGUUCGACUGGGGAAUGGAAGAGCCUUUAUAUAACACUGCUUACAGGCUGCCUACAGGAACAAUUGUUACUGUUGGGUGUGUCUCGUUACUGAUAACGGGCUAUUUAUUCCCCCUAUUGUAAAGCACUUUGGAUAAGGUAUCGGGGAUACUGCUGUAACUAGUAAAUGGUAGGGGAUGGAGUAGUUACCUGAUAAUUUUAUAGGUACAGAUUUUGUAGCUACAGUGUACCUUCCUAUGGACUGUUACAAGUUAUUCAGUGUAGAGCAAAGGUGUUUUGCUUGACUAGGCUACACUAAUAAACAAUCCGGUACA